AUGGAGCAGAACAGGGGCUCCAGCCAGCGCACGCUGGCCGGCGAAGAAGAUGGGCACACAAGGGGAGUCCCCCGGGAGGCAGGUCACAGGACACAGGGGCGCACGCUGAAGGUCAGCCAGGAGGAGGAGGAGGAGGUGCAGGGACUUCGCGCAAUAUGUCAAACGGCAGAUGGACCUCCUCUGAACCGGAAAGGUGUGGAGGUGGGUGAUGCGGUUCAUUGUCGAGUUGACACGAUGGGUGGCACAAGGACAAGGACGAGGACGAGGCCGAGGUCGAGGGCCGGGGGCCACAGGACGUGCCAAAUUAUUGACAGCAGCAGCACGGAGACAUUUCCGGUCCGAGUUGGUUCACAAGUGUGUACCUUGGUCCUUGGACGCGUAUGUGUUGGUUGAUUAAUUAGAGCCAGCUGCUCGGCAGCCGACGUCCUUUGCCCAUGUCCUU